AUGUCUCGCCCGAAGCACCGCGAUAUCGCCUGUGCACGCUGUUUUCGUCUGAAGCGCAAAUGUGACCACGGCAAGCCGACCUGCGGCGAGUGUCGCCGCAAAGGUGCAGAGUGUCUGCCGGCCAAAUCCCGCCGUACUGGCGACACAAUCACCAUCCCGGUGGAAUAUCUGAGGCAGUUGGAGGAACGAGUUGCGGAAUUAGACCGUCGAUCAAGUGUCGUGGCAGCCGAUGUCGAAGCAUGCGAUGCCGGUGUCCAGACAGAUUCCACAACAGACUUCGAGCCGAGCCGCUGCAACACUCCCUCGGCGUCUCUAUUGAUGCCAUGGCAUCUUCCCGAGACCAAAAUAUCGGAUUGGGGAGGAAUGCAAGACACAGAGAAUGACGGCGCAUUGACAUCUCUGUGCGAAUCGCCGUCCCAGAGAUACCGAGGUCAACGAACCCCAAUAUCUUGCUCUUCGCCCGUCGACGCAUUCUUUUUGGCCGAAGCAGCCAUCGACCUGUCAGGUCUAGACGUGGAUCCAAUAUACUCUGCGAUUAGCGACGACUCCAUCUGGAUUACAGAACUCUACACGAACAUGUACUUCUCUAUCACCCACCGCGAAUGGCCCUUUCUAAACGAGCCAGCCUGGAAGUCCUGGCACAUGGACGCAAUCCUCGGCGGACAGGACGACUGGCGCGUCUUCUUUCUGCGCAUGGUGUAUGCCAUUGGCGCAUUGCUGUGCAGCACCAUCCAACGAGAUCCCGCGCACUGGGUGCGCUCCAGGGAGCUCUACGCCUCGGCGAUGCGAUACUACCCGCACGUCGUGGGGCAGUCUUCCAUGGUCCUCCAAAUACAAGCAUCAUUGCUCAUGAUUCUCUACGCGUUACAUUCCCCGUCCUCUGAAGAAAUGUCCACCACCGUCUCGUCGGUGGUCCCGUUUUGUACUGCGGCUAUGGCCGAGAUCCGGAAACAUGCGUCGGCGUGCCGCGACAGCAACACCAUGACGGAGUCCGAUGAGGUGCUGACCGAGAAUAUGUUCAUUACCUGCUACAUGCUCAAUGAGAUUGUGGUUUCGGGCUGGGACCGGCCGGUCUCACCUGCGUAUAAGGCCGUGGACGAUGAUAUGUGUAUCCUAGGAGACGCGAUCCAACCACCCAUCUGGACAAACCCAGCCCUGAGCCACCUCUUCCGGCUGCGAAGAAUCCAAGCGAAUAUCCGACGAUCACGGGAAAACAAGCUUCGUCGCAGGUUCGAAUAUACUCCGGGCUCAAGCUCUUCGCUCAAAUCCGCCCUGGAUAUCUGGCGUCAAGAUAUCCCGUUGUACGUCACUGAAAAUGCCCCAUGCGGCUAUCUCCACCCGAUCUGGAUGACCAAACUGUACAACUACAGCAUCUUGAUCCUGAUGGAGGAGAAGCGGAGUAUUCUCGAGCACGACGCCACAGAAGAUAUCCUCUCGGCAGUUGUGGAGCUCGUCUUCCAGUUUCGUGCUGGCAUCAUGCUUCUCUAUAUCGUCUGGGCGACGACACCUGUGGCAAGCAAUGAAGAGACCCAGCAACAGCAUAUAGUUAACCAAUCACCCGAAGCCAUUGGCAUCUGCGCUACCAACCUAGCGGGUUUUGCAGACCGCUGGACUGACGCAAUGCCGUAUCUGAAGCUGUUUGGAUUCUUGCGCCACAAGAUCCUGGGCAGUCCCGACCCAUCUUCCCUCGACACAAACGACCUGGUAUCGCUGGACGAGGCCAAAUCAUUUCUGGAGCUGCUGAAGAAGAAGUAUUUGCAUCGGGCGGUGUUGGGCAUGAUUGAGGAUAUGAUGUUUGGGGGGGUUAUAACAACUGAAGCUCCCACACGAUCAGUCGAAUUUCAAGUAAUGUAA